GGCUGAACUUCUUCCUCCCCACUCCCUCUCCAACAACCAAGACCACGCUCACUUGAGGUGCAGAUGCGGUUGUGGUUGCAGUGCGGCCCACGCCACCCCAUCCAUCAUCAGCAAUCCAUCAGCAGCAUCCAGCGCCCAGCAUCCUCCUCCUCCUCCUCCUCCUCCACCAUGACCUGCAGCGACGACGCAGACACUUGCGCAGCCAGCCAGGCACACUGGCACACACACAGGCACCUUCACACUAGCACCACUGCGGGUACCGUUGCAACGGCCGUCCGACGAGGCAUGGCUCGGCCUUACGCGCGCUGAGUGAGAGCGACUGAGGGAUCGUGCUUGGUGACCACCACCACCGCCACGAGGCCCAGCCGCCUCUUGGCGCUCACGACGGCUCCAGCCAAGGCAAUGUAGCGCAGCGCGAGCCUUUGUUUGUCUGUCCUCGCCUGCCGCAUUCUCCCGCGUCCAGCGGAGCUCGAUCCCUUCCCUGGCGCUGCUCAAUCUGUUCUCCAAGGCUGCUCCCCCCCCUCGCUCGCCUAUGGUGCCGCCCGCCAUGGCUCGCUCUUCCUCUUCCCACCCCCGGGUGCUUCGUCGCCUUUCCCCGAGUAUACUGCAGAAAGGGUUGCAAGGGUUGCCCUCCCUCGUGGCCCUGUGCCAUUCCUCCCUCCUCCUACUAAGAAGGACCCGGGCGUGCAUGCGGCGUGGCACAGUGUCUGCCGUUCUGUGCUGUUCGCAACAACGCACCGCGCGCUGCCCUUCUUGUAUACAUAUGCCGCGGCCCCCAUCGAUCCGAUUGUUUCUUUACCUCUGCCAUUACAGGAAUUGGUCUUUUCAAUGCAAUACAAAGAGCGUCACUGAUAUUCGAGGUAUCUCGUUUGCCAUACGCGCUACAUUACUUCUCAAGGCGUUCACCAAAACCUGCUCCCUGUCGUUUGGAGCAAGUAAGGUCUUGGGCUGGCAUACUGCUCUUGCAGUAUCCCACUCGUACCUCACGCCGUGUAUCCGCAUCUUCACAUAUUCACGAUGGCCUCAAAACACCCUUUGAGACGGUCGUGCGCCUUCUGCCGAGCCCGAAAAAUCAAGUGCUCCAACGAGACUAUCUGCGAGGCGUGCCGGAGGCAAGGGGCAGACUGCAUCUACGACUUUGAGCCUCCCCGUCCCAAAGCUCGUAAUAUCAGCCAAGAUAGCUCUAGAUCAGACAUCGGUGGGCCUACCGGGCAAGCGAGCGUCAACAGACAGCGCUCAGCAACAAUAGGAUCACCGACCAGCAGCCCCGUCGGCAUCAUUUCCGAAGAGAUUACCCCUGUGGGUGAUGGCGAUAACGUGGCCCAGGCUCUUGAGCAAAAGUUUUACGAGAACUUCUCCACAGACGCUGGCCCUCGCUCCAACCCUUGGCAGGAGCGGAUAUCGACCUAUCACCGGUCCAUUCAAAACUCCGCGCCUGGCCGCAACGAGAGUCUUUCAGCAAAGUUCAACCCCAGGAAUGUCAAAUACACUGGCAUCCUCUCCCUCCUGACGCACGACCUGGUCGGGCUAGUCACGGAACAGUUCGGCUCCCUAGGUUGCCAUCACGUUGAGGAUGGUGGCGCGAGGUUCUUCUUGUGCGGUCUCAUUGGGGACGAAACACCGACCAUGUUCGACAAUGAUCCGUUGGGCGGCAACCCCCUUUCAGACUAUGGCCAGCGCCAACAGACACAGCUCAUUGACGUGUGGUUCUCGGUGCAUCCUCUGUCUUUCCUGGUCUCCAAGACGUUGCUGCUCCGGGAACUGCGAGACGGCACCCACGAUGAGAUCCUUUUGGCAACCAUGCUUGCGGACGCCAACUUCAGCAUCGGCGAUGAAGUCGCCGUCGCCCGUGGUCAUGUCCUACUCCGGUGGGCCAUCGCCCAACUUCGAAGCCGGUCUCUCCGGUCCAAUCAACCCUCUCCCAGCAACGGCGCAGCUGUGGACCCGAGUCGCAUGUACAGCGGUAUCUCAACCAGGAUAUUCAGCGGCAUUUCAACAGCCCAAGCUCUCAUGCUCCUGGGGUGGAAUUCUCUAUGCUCGUUUCAGAUCCGCCGGGCUACAUGCUACAUUGGCCUGGCUGGUAGUAUCGCCACCGAGAUAAAGGAACAAAUAUCAAGCACGGCUGCGCCACUGAUAUCCAGUCGCAUCAACGGUAUUGACGUCUUCGACGUGGAAAAAGAGGUUGUCGCUUACUUGUACUGGACUACCUAUUCGUUGAGCCUUUGGGCGUUCAUUCAGAUGGGCAACGGGCACUUCCCUGCCUUGCUGCCGACGUCGCUGACAUCCAUCUUCCUUCCGGUUACUGAGGCCUCAUCAGCCAUCAUUCAGCUGGAUCUGGUUUCAGAAAAUUUCAGCACACUUCAGAGACAAAAGGCGGUCAUCCGGGAGAUGUGGCCAUUGGCUCAUAUUGUGAGCGUCGUCGCUUAUAUUUUCGCCCUGUAUCCUCAAGACCCGGAUAACAUCGAGUCGCUAGCCACCCGUUCCUGGCAGGAAGCGCCGCUGCUGGCUUUGCAGAGGAUCCAGCAAGGCAAGCCGACUCAGGACAUUGCUUGCGUUUGCCGCGAGAUCAACAGAGUAUUGAUGGAGAGUAUCCACAUUCUCAACCGACAGGUGACCGAGGUGUCGUCAAGGAGUCUAGUUCUGCUCGUCUACCACACGAUGGCGAUUCACUUCCUCUUUCCCAUCAUGCCGCAAGGCAGCGUCGACGAACCCAUGACCCCCGAGGUGCUUGACAGAUUGUUGGGCUCAGCUCAGGAAAUUCUGCAUAUUUUUUCCCUCAUAUCCGAGCAGCCGCAGGACCUGUUCAGCAUCACUCCCUCACUUCGUUCGUCCUUCCCGGACGCCUUCUGCCUGGCCAUGGACACAUGCGCGCGGGCAAUUACCCUUGUUGAUAGGAAGAAGCGGACGGGCGGGCUCCUGGUGGAUCUGCCCACAAUGCACGCAUACGACGGGCGGAUGCAGCUGCUGGCAUCGAGACUAUACGCCACCUGCCAGAACGAGUUCCUCAACCAGGGUCGCUCACUGCGACAGGUGCGCAAGCACCUGCGAUCGUGCGUCAGAAUGUACGGAGGAGGUGGCUCCCGAUCCGGAUCUAGCUCGUCCAGCUCUGGGUCUUCAGGCAUGCCGUCACCCAUGCACCACCCCAGCCCGCCUCCCAUGAUGCAGGCGUCUUCUUCAUCCGACUCGGACACGAUGUCAACGGCCACGACUGCCGUUCUGGGCUCGUCAGCAUCGUCCUUUGUUUCACCCAGGGACACAACAGUGCCGCCAGCCUUACAACCCUCUCUGCCAUCGUCAGAGUCGUCGGGGCGCAGCAGCGGCUCAAACAACUCGUUCAGCCCCGUCGACGACCUGUACAAGCCCGAAUGGCACUCUCGAGAGGAACUCUUUCACACCGUCGUGGAUCCGAACACUCUAGGCACCGGCGGCGGCGGUCACCUCGGCGUGUCUGACUUAGUCGACAUGCAGAACGCCUGGUAUCCGCAGAUGCCCAACAUGAUAGACUUUGAUGUUGCUGGUCCCAUGGCGGGGGUGCAGUGGGACUGGCCCGAGGUUGGGGGCGGCGUGGACGCAACGACAUCGACGGCGGCCGCGGCAUCUGACAUGGAGUCGGUGUUGUAUUACUUUGAGAAUGGUCACAACAAGCCGCCCUGCUGAGCAGUCCUGCUCCCAGAAUUCUGCGACAGGGAUGAAUCCUGCCUGCACGUCCGGCUGGCGUCAGCACCAGCGCCGCUCAGAUGGGUGAUUCGCCGUUUGACAUGUUUUCUGUAUCGAGCAGAACUCGGAAUUCCUGUACCAUUUGCUUGGCAAAACAAGCCAGCGAAGACAUUCACCCUGCUCCGACUCGCGCCUCAGCAUUUUCUGAGCAAUUGGGCAGUUCGGACCCCUCGUAUACCCUGCCAGCCCGACGCACGACGCGCUGCUUUGCCAGGCACGCUCACACCGCGGCUUGCCUUGGGUGCCUUAUUAGUACUCGGGCCCCGCUGCGCCUGAUGACUGGGUCAGCCGGGCCCACGUCGGGGAGCCACGAUGUUGCAUCGCAGCAGGGAAACGGCGUCAGCCCAGGCGCGCGCAAGCCGUCUGCCACCCUGACGGUCCGCAGCAGCAGCAGCUCUCACCAACGAAAACCACGCAAUCCACAGCUGAGACACGCGACCACGACAGUUUAAAAAUAUACUGUUUGUCGUCGAUUGAUGCUAGUAUAUCUUCACCCCGUGUUCUGGAACACGCCUGCUUACCCGAGGGUGGACAUUUUCUGUCGCCGGUUGACAUUUCGGGCGCUUGAGCACUCGAGAGUCUUUUUGGGUAUGACGUACACCGGGGAGGAGGCGACUGUGGAGGGUAGAGGCUCGAUGCGCGGGGAGCGGGGAUGACACUGUGGUCCUGACCAGCAAGCAAAUUCGGCCUUUUGGUUCAUUCACUUCUGUGCAAUUGUGUUGAGAAUAGAAAAAGGCGGUAGUUACACGGAGUGGUAUUUCUCACGCAAUGUCAUGGGGCAGUGCGGGGCGGGGCGGUUUCCCGACUUUGUUCGAU